ACAGACCCAAGAGCACAUCGAUGCAGCCGUGGAGCAGCCCAGCCGUUCUCUGACUCGAUCUCGUCGUCCUCGCUGCCACCCCCCCCCAAUGAGCACGGCCCUCGUCAGCGGAAACGCCAUCUGUCUUCUCUAUGGGCUCGUCCACCAGGACUCGGUCGCAAAGCUUGUCGACCGGCUCGUCGGGCUCUGCGGCGACCUGGAGUUCGACUCGAGCCGGCUAUAUGUCGAGCACAGCAUCGCAUUCAUACCAGCGAACGAAACCCCGUUCGGAUCCUCACGAAACGACGAUGUUGUCUUGCGGCUCAAGGCCCCCAUCUUGAACGAGUCAGGGAAGCUGGUGCCCCUAGCCGAACGCAGAUGGAAACUCUGCCAGGAGCUACCGCCGGAGCCUCCAAAGCGACGACAAGAGGGCCGCACCAAAAUCGCUCCACACCACCGAGUUGUAUAUGAAACAGAGAUCACCGGCGAUCCAUUUCGGUUUCUGCAGUCGCUUGGCUACGAAUUCUGUCAUGAGUACGUCCGUCGAGGAUAUAGCUUCGUGUAUGAACACAAGCUGAUCACGAUCACCAAGGUCUAUGAGCCGGCAGAAAAGUAUAAAGUAUCGACUGCGGCCCUGAUCGAUCCGGACUCGGUAUUCUGGAUGGUUGAGCUGACCUCGCCCAGGGUGAACCAAGAGUCUGUUCCGCUGGCAAUGGAUGAAGUGACCAAGCUUUCAUCGCAUCUCCAAGGGUAACUGUGCCUAUUGGGAUCUCAGAGCGUCCGUCGUCCAGUAGCAGCAGAUCCAAGGUACUCGAGCACCUUCGUGCUCGUCAAAGAUCAGCCACUGACGGGACUCUGCGUUACGGAUCUAGUCUUGUGGAAUGGAUACCCGUCGACCACACAACCCUGUUGAACAAAAUCAAGUACGUGGAGGUCUAGCACGAGCCAAGACGUUGUAUCAGGCCUGUUUCUACAAGCAGCCGGCAUGCUGCGCCCUUGAAUCUUCUCGCAGGAGUACCAAUGGCGCAGAAGAGUGUGUGAAGCCGAGUCCCGACUGGGGUUCGGGUUGAGAUCAGCAGGCGAAUGCAAGUCCGAGGACGACCUGUGCUGCAACAGGCCUUGGGUUCCAGAUUUGUUGAUUUCAACAACCGCUCCCAGCACCUCGAGUUGGCUCCCUUGCUAUGAGCCAUCGGGCCGAUGCUGAUGUCCACUCUUAUCUGAGCCCCGAAUACACACAUAUUCGCCUCCAA